AUGCGCCACUUCAGUGAUGGGCUCCCCCCGGACGCGCUCUCCCCGCGCGGCGCUGCCAAGGGCCGGGCGCGGCGACAGCAAGGCCAGCGGCCCCGCGGCCCCGGGGAGAGGGCGCCGGCAGGCUCGCGCCGCGGUCUGCGCUGCGGGCGGCGUCCACCCGAAGGGACGGGCAGCGCGGCGGGAGGAGGACCCCGCACUCCCCGGGUGCAAGCGCGAGGCCAGCCGUCAGCCGGCCGCGGGCUGGGACGGGACAGGAAGGCAGCGCCCCGCCCCCCGAGCUGUCCCGUGCCGAGGGCUUCGCAGGGACGCGGGGCGCCCACUGCCCAGCGCGACCUUCCCGGGGUCCGCACGCGCUCGCAGAGGUCGCGCAGCCGCCGUGCGGUGCGGCCCGGCCCGCGGGAGGAGAACCCAGCCCGGGAGCCGAGCGUGCGGGGGGAGGCGCACGGCUCCGAGCACCCGUGUAAGGCCACGCCGUGGAGGCGCCGUCCUGCCCCGACGGGGCUCCCGCCCGCGCGGAGACGAGGAGACCUGCCGCCGCCCCCGGGGACGCUCGUCGGCUUCCGCGGACCCGCCGGCACGGCCGCCCCGGCCCAGCACGUAGCCUGGGGCUCCGCACGAGGCACCGCCCCCCGCCCCCGGACCAGGACCGCGGCACGCCGGGGCGGGGUGGGGGACGGGGCACGCCCCCAGCCCCGCUCGGAGCCGCGGCCCCCAGCCCUCGGGCGGUCCGGCCGGGGAGGAAGAGGACCGCCCGGCACUCACCUGUCCUGCCGCCGCCGUGCCCGCCGACCCCUCAAGCCAACCGGGCCCUGCGCCGCAGCCCGCCCGUUCCCAACCACGCGGCGCCCGCACGGACCGGGACACGCAGGACACCGACUCUCCGCCCUGACGCGGCCGCGCGACCCGGCAGCCCUACGCCCCGCACUUCCGGAGCCGCCGGAAGCUCCGGCCUCGCUUCGCGCCUAG